AUGCCAUCUCAACCACCCUUCGCAUCUCAUGAAUCACUGCAGGAUCUCGAGGAUACUUUGUUCCUCGAAAACAUGCCUGUAGAGUUCAGCUCCCUCAAACAAGCGCGCCUCUACUUUGAUAUUCUCAAUCGACAUGGCUUAAACUGGUACGCAGAUUGCAAUUACCAAUGUCCAGGAGAACGAGAUCAUCCAACCGAAGUUGAUCGUCUAUGUCCAAAUUCAAAGCCAAAGAUAUACUCAGAAGAUGUCUUGGCCUAUGGAGCAGCUAUCGAUAGAUGGUCGAGGGCAUUCACUUGCAUUUUUAAAUCUAGUCGUUCACGUUCUCGAUCAUCAUCACCUUACCAAAUUGCAACAGCGUUGAUGAUCAAACAAAUCUGCGUGCGUCUUGGUCUCCCACAGAUCACAAUUAGUGAGCAUCAGAUCACAGCUUUAUGCGCUGCGCUACUUGAGUUUGGAGUCGAGAUUCUGGAGCCGAAUAACAAGAACCAAGCUUUCAAGUGGGUAAAUGACGGUUUAGUAACAAGUCUGUUUCUCGUAACCCAAAGAUGUCCCGAUGAGAAGAUGAAAAGCAGAGCAUUGGAGCUGCUGUGGAACCUUGCAAGGCGCGGGAAUCUUUACGAAAAUUCUAUUCUAGUGGAGACAAUUCCUCGCUCGAAGUUGGGCCUGGAAAAGAAUCCUUCGGAAGACACACGAUGGGAGCUUCGCAAUAUAAUCACUGGCCACUUGAGUUGCUGGAGUGGUCGGUAA